CUCGUCUUCAUCUGAGGAAUCACUUCUAGACGGACAUACACAGACGUCUCUGGUUCAUUUUGAGGGAUCUGACUGACGAAGAGCAGAAUACUAAUCAUGACAACUUUUUUAAAAGUUCUUGUGCUUCUCUUCUGCAUCGCCAAGGGAGAAGGCCACUGGCUGAGGUCACUGAUAGGCCAGAAGCAGAAAACUCUAUUGUCUGCAGAUGAAGAGAGAAGAAGCAGAUCUUUAACUGUAGAAAUCCAAACGGAAGCAUCUGGAGCUGAGCCAUCUCUCAUCCCCAUCGUCUCAGUCCCAGUCCGGACACGACGCUCAGCUCCUGACUCCCAGUGCAGCCUGCGCUCCAUCUUGCUGCAGGUUCGAGACUUGGGCUUAGGCUACAACUCAGAUGAGAUGGUCUUAUUUAAGUACUGCAGCGGGACCUGUCCCCGCGCUCGCUCCAACCAUGACCUCACACUCAGCAACCUGCUGCUCAGCGGACUGCUCCCACAUCCCACUCCUGGGGAGCUGUGGCACAACACACCAUGCUGCAGGCCCACCCAUUACGAGGACAUCGCCUUUCUCGAUAACUCCCACCGCUGGCACAAAGUGGAGAAGCUGUCUGCUGCAGGCUGCAGCUGUGUAGAUUGAACAGUUGGACUAGUAGGGUGGGUGAGAGUUCUAAAGAUAUUUGCUGAGACACAAUUGUGUCUCAGUAAACAAAUGUAUUUCCUAGAAGAAAAAACAAAAACAAUUUUUGCAGUGAAAACCCUCAAAAUUUAAUUUCUAUUGUUUAUGUUUUAGGACUCACAUUUCUGUGUUUGCAUUGAGCUUUAGUAAAAGACAAGGAAAUGACAUUUUUACCGGCAGCAUUGCUUUGUGAGUUCAUGUUAUUCAGAAUUAGGACUCAACAACAUUCAGGGUAAAACUGAACAAAUGUUUUAACUUGAAUUACAACAGAUUUGUAAAUAAGCUAAUAUGUAUUUAUUUCAAACCUAAAAAAAAACUGUAAUUGACAAAAUAACUAUAAAGCCUUUAAGAUGUGUGUUUUGCAAACAAUGAAUUAAGGUCUUGAAUAGUUCAGCUACUUAAAAAGUGUAUAUAUAUGUAAAAACAGAAGCUAUUUAUUUAUUUAAUGUUUUUUUUUUUACUUGAAGAUUAAUUUAUUUGGUGAUGUAUUCAUUUCUAUGUAAA